CCCACCAACGAGAACACGCUAGCGUCAAUUGAAAAUAGCCUCUUUCUUCUCUGUCUGGACACCAGCUCCGGUAUCAGCCAACUUUCCACGCCAGUGCCUGCGGAUACUCACAUUUCCUUCUACGACAGUGCGAUCGCAAACAACAGCCUUCAUGGUGUGAGCUCAUCAGCCUACAACGCGGGCAAUCGAUGGUUUGACAAGUCUCAGUUCAUCGUCUCCCGUGAUGGCGUCGUGGGUCUAAAUGUUGAGCAUUCUCCCUUCGACGGCCACGUCGGAGUCGCUGUGCUGGAGGCUGCCCUAGCUGAAACGCCCACCGCGGAGGUAGUGAUUCAACAAGAGGCUGGAGCAGCAACCAGCACGAAUUGUCACUUCUGUGCCCCCCGGCUUCUCGAUUGGAACAUCUCUCCAAGCUUGUGUGAGAAGCUGGAGAUGGCCCGCGACUUGUUUGAUACGUAA